AUGAAGUGGACCGUGGUGUGGUUGUGUUUCUUCAGUUUUGCUGUUGAAAUCCAGGCCACACUGGCUGACAACCAUGUCAACAACAUCUGCAGCACUUGGGGCACGCAGCACUUUAAGACCUUUGAUGGUGAUGUGUUCCAGUUUCCUGGCUUGUGUGAGUACAACCUGGUCAAAGACUGCCGCGAAUCCGAGAAGAAGUUUUCUGUGCACAUUAGACGAGACGAAAAUGACGGAAAUAUUACAAUACGUUAUGUUGUGGUCACCAUCUCUGAAAAUACAUUCAACCUAACCGAGACUGAGGUCACUGAAAAUGGGAAUCCAGUCACUCUGCCACACUACAGUGGGGGAGUAAAGGUGGAAGAAAGUACAUUUUACAUCAGGCUUCGAGUUACCAAAGUCGGCAUUACUGUCAUGUGGAACCGUGAAGAUGCAGUCAUGGUGGAAGUUUCAAACAGAUACAAGAACCAAACUUGUGGCCUUUGUGGAGAUUUCAACGGCGUCCCUGUCUAUAAUGAGUUCAUGGAUAAUGGUUUUAAAAUGACUCCCAUUGAGCUUGGAAUCAAACACAGAGUUCAUCUGCCAAACGAUGAAUGCAAAGACCCUCAUGUGGAAGAUGCUGAGCCAAAGACGAAUGUGUCACAUUCAUGCAAAGCAUUUCAAACUAUCUGUGAACAAAUAUUUAACGGGGAUUCCUGGAGUUCAUGCACCAGCCUGAUUAGUGCUGAAGCUUUCAUCAAGGCAUGUGUGGUAGACAUGUGUGCCUGUAACAACGGUACCAGUGACUUCUGUGUCUGCAGCACAAUGUCUGAGUUUUCUCGUCAGUGUUCGCACGCAGGAGAACAGCCACCCGACUGGAGGAGACCUGAUUUCUGUGGUAAACAGUGUCCCUACAACAUGCAGUAUGAAGAAAGUGCUUUUCCUUGCAUGGAUACUUGCACACAUCAGGACACAAGAUUAGUGUGUGAGGAGCAUAAAAUAGAUGGCUGCUUUUGUCCUCCUGGAACGGUGUUUGAUGAUAUUUCUGAGAGGGGCUGCAUCCCUCUGUCUGAGUGUCAGUGCAAGCAUGACGACAUCUACGACUCUGGAGAGGUUUACCGUCAUGAAAAAACAAACUGUACUUGUUCAGAGGGGAAGUGGGAGUGUGAGACUUUCGAGACCCCGGCUACAUGUGCAGUUGAGGAAGGUUUACAUUUCACAACAUUUGAUGGUACUACCUAUACUUUUCAUGGAAAUUGUCUUUAUACCCUGGCCAAGGUGGAGAGCAAGGAUGGAAUAAGUCCAAACUUUACCAUUCGGGCCCAGUUGGGACAAUGUGGAGAAAAAAAAUCUGAUAUUUGUCUAAAGGCUCUUAAAAUCCAUCUGGGCGUAGAUAAUGUAUUAAUGUUUACAUCUGAGGGAAAAGUUCAACAGAAUAUGGAGGACAUCAGUUUGCCAUAUUACUCAGGGGACAUCAGAAUAUUUCAUGCUUCAUCCUUUCAUAUUUUGCUCAACGCCAAGUUUGGCCUCCAAAUUCAGAUCCAGCGUGUUCCUGUUAUGCAAGCCUACAUCAGUCUGGAAAGCAGCUACAAAGAAAAGACACGUGGUUUAUGUGGAAACUACAACAUGGCUUUGAAUGAUGAUAUGACGACUCCACAAGGGAGCCAAGAAGGAACUGCUGUAACUUUUGGUAAUUCUUGGAAGGCCGACCAAACAUGCCCAGAUGCAGGCAAAGAACUUGAUAGACCCUGUACCGACAGCAUGGAAACUGAGAAUUAUGCCCGACACUGGUGCGAAAUGCUCAGAAAUUCAACUGGUUCAUUUGCAAACUGCCAUUCAGAAGUGAAUCCUGACUAUUACUACAAGCGCUGCCUUUACUCCACCUGCAGCUGUGAGAAAAGCGAAGACUGCUUAUGUGCCGUCUUCACCUCUUAUGGUCGGGCUUGUGCAGCAAAGGGAAAGUUUGUGACAGAUUUUGGAAACCAAUGCGAGAAACACACAAAGAGCUGUCCAUCAACUCAGAUCUUCACUUACAAUCACCGGAGAUGCCAGCUGACCUGUAGUUCACUGAGCUCAGAUCAGCAGAGCUGCACUUCACAUUUCUUGCCUGUGGUUGGCUGUUUCUGCCCUGAUGGUCUCUAUCUGAAUGAAAAAGACACUUGUGUACCCAAAGAAGAAUGUUCCUGUUCCUAUAAUGAAGAUUACAUUGAAGCAGGAACGUCUGUCAACAUCAAAUCUGAGCACUGGAUGCAUCAGAAUGUGUAUCUGGCUGCAUGUGUCCUCCUGACCAGCUUGAUGAUGGCAAAGGCUCCUAGAGCUACGAUCAUCCUGUCAGAUGGAGCAUACAAAGAGGAAGGUUUGGAAAAUGGCACAAAAAAAGAAUAUCGAAUAACAAAUCUGGGCUUUUAUAUUGUGCUAGCUUCUAAAAUAGGUCUAACUGUAAUUUGGGAUCGCAAAACAUAUUUUGUUAUCCAGCUGGAAUCACAAUUCAUGGGUCAAGUGUGUGGACUGUGUGGAAAUUUUGAUGGUAAUGGAGAGAACGACUUCACCACCCGGAGUGGGUUGGUAGUGAGCAGCCCAUUAGAGUUUGCAAACAGCUGGAAAGGGGACAGCUCUUGCUCAGAUGUGGAUAAGCUUAUUGACGCUUGUGAAAAAGCACCUCAUCGAGACCAUUGGGCAAAAAUGAAGUGCAACAUCAUAAAUGGAGACACAUUCAAAGAAUGCCAUUCCAAGGUAGAGCCUCUUCUGUUCUAUGAAAACUGUGUGAAAGACACAUGUGCCUGUGACACUGGAGGGGACUGUGAGUGUUUCUGUUCAGCUGUUGCAGCUUAUGCUCAAGCUUGCAAUGAAGCUAAUGUUUCAAUUUCAUGGAGAACUCCAGAAAUCUGUCCUGUCUUUUGUGAUUACUACAAUGAUCAUGACUGCUUAUGGCACUACCAUCCUGGGACUCCAAAGUCAUACCAGACUUGUUCAAAUUAUUUUCUACAUGUUCCAAAGCUUGAAGAAUCCACAACACCAAAAGAAUCCACCACUACAACUGAAACACCCACUACAACCACGACAAUUACAAGUACCACCACGUCAACUGAGACUACAACCAUACCAACUGGAACCACAGAAUCCACAACACCAUCAACUAAGUAUACAACUGUAACAUAUCCUACUACUACCACUAUUCCCACCACAGAAUCCACAACACCAACACAAUCUACCACUACAGCUGAAACACCAACUUCAACCCCAAUAAUUACAACUCCCACCACAUCAACUGAGUCAACAACCAUACCAACUGGAACCACAGAAUCCACAACACCAUCAACUAAGUAUACAACUGUAACAUAUCCUACUACUACCACAACUCCCACCACAGAAUCCACAACACCAAAAGAAUCCACCACUACAACUGAAACACCCACUACAACCACGACAAUUACAACUCCCACCACAUCAGCUGAGUCAACAACGAUACCAACUGGAACCACAGAAUCCACAACACCAUCAACUCAAAAUGAGACCUUUUAUUUUUGCAACUGCACCAUGGCCAAAUGUAUUGGAAGCAAUACUCUUCAAAUAGUACCCUAUGAAUGUCCACCCAUCAAAAACAUAACCUGUUCCAAUGGAAAAUCUCCUGUUCUGGUAUAUGAUGAAUUUCAAUGCUGCCAACAUUAUCAAUGUGACUGCGAGUGCAAAGGGUGGGGAGAUCAUCAUUACAGCACAUUUGAUGGACUAUCCUAUAAAUACCAUGGAAACUGUUCCUAUUAUUUGAUGAAAGAAAUUGCUCCAAGGGAUGACUUGGAAAUGUACAUUGAUGACAUCCAUUGUGAUCCUUUUGAAGAUCCUUCAUGUCCUCAAUCUUUAAAUGUAAACUAUGGAGCAGAACAUAUCAAACUGGUCUAUUUUAUUCUCAAUGGACAACCAGAUUUGAAGGCAUUUACGAAUGAAGUGAGUCUAAAGCUCCCUUAUUGGAAACAAGGUGUUAAAGUGAUGAGCACUGGCACUAAUUUAGUUUUAGAGAUCCUUCGUCUAAAUGUGGUUGUUAAAUUUGGAAGAACUGGAUUUAGUAUCAACCUUCCAUAUAAGUACUUUGGAGGAAACACACAGGGUCAUUGUGGAACUUGCACCAACAGUCAAGCUGAUGACUGCUGGCUGCCUGGAGGAACAGUAUCAGAAGGUUGCACUAAAAUUGCUGAUGGCUGGCUUCUAGAGAAAGAUAGAGGCUGCAAGACUGGAGGAGAACCGCCUUUGAAAACUCCCUGCAGUUCAAGUUCUGUAUGUAAACUCCUUAAAAGCAGUGUCUUUGCUCAAUGUCAUUCCCGGAUCUCUCCAGAUAAUUACUACAAAGGAUGCGUUUCUGAUAGCUGCCAUGUUCACAAUGGAGCGAAUGCAGUAGAGUGCUCAAGUUUAGCGACCUAUGCUGCUGCCUGCUCUGACGUUGGAGUUUGUAUUCACUGGAGAAACCACACUGGUCCAUGUGCCAGUGACUGCCCAUCAGACAAAAUUUAUAAACCUUGUGGACCUGCAGAUCAACCAUCUUGCGAAGACAGUCCUAAUGAUCCAGGUAUGAACUUCACUACAGAGGGCUGCUUUUGUCCUGAAGGAAUGAAACUAUUUAGCAGAGAAUCAAAAAUAUGCGUUAAAAAUUGUGGCUGUCUUGACCCUAAAGGGACGCCCCGUGAGUUCGAUGAGACAUUUGAAUACCAAUGUCAGAACUGUGUCUGUGAUGAGUCCACCAAAACUGUGAUCUGCAAGCCUAAGAAGUGCAAACACACAGCUUUUCCAAGAUGCAUGGGUCCAGGAUAUGUUCUUGUCAAUCAAACUGAUCCAUCAAAUCCCUGCUGCAAUGUCCACGUUUGCCAAUGUCAGGUCCACACUUGUCGGGACAUCAACAUGAACUGUGAUGUUGGAUUUAAGCCAAAGAUCAGUGUUCCAGAGGGAAAAUGCUGUCCAGAACUUAGAUGUGAACCUAAAAGAGUCUGUGUGCAAAAUGAUGUUGAAUACAGGGGAUUCAAAUAUGUAAAAUCCAAAUCAGACGAGUGCUGUGGGACAUGCGAACAGACACACUGUGUAUUCAGUGUUAAUGGCACUGAGAUACUCUUACAGGAAGGAGAAACCUGGUCACCACCAGAAAAUAAAUGUGAAAGUAAGACUUGUGUUAAGAAUGGUGAGACUUUUACAGUCACCAAUCAACAAAUCAUUUGCCCAGCAUUCCAAGAGAGCAACUGCAAGAAUGACACAAUUCAGACUGCAGCAAAUGGCUGCUGCAAAAUCUGUGUGGAAAAAGAGAAGGCCUGCAGACUGGUUAGCCGGAAAACUCCUAUCAACCACAAUGGCUGUCAGUCUGAGUUGAAUAUGCCGUCAUGUGAAGGAUCAUGCGACACUUUCACCAAAUACUCUGAAGCAGCGGGUGCUAUGGAGCAUUCCUGCUCCUGCUGUAAGGAGAGAAGUGCCAGCAACCGCACUGUUACCCUGGCGUGUAACGAUGGUGCGCACGUCCAGUUCACUUAUGUGCAUGUGGAGGAGUGCGGCUGUGGUCACACAGAGUGCACCACACCUGCUGCACUGCAUGUUCGCAGAAAGCGACGCUUCACACUGCAGUGACCCGAUCCUCUGUCCUCACAUGUGGGAUACAGAUGUAUCUCCAAGAAUCAUUUAACUAAUCAUUAAAUCUCUCACAAAAUAACUGAUAUUGUGGAGUUUAUUUAUCAGCUGAUUG